AUGGCUUCCAGCCGGGCGGGAGUGCUUCUCCCGCGCGAUGACACGGGAAAGCAGUUUCUAGAUCUGAUGUCAAACCCAUUCAAUACUCAGGUGACACAAGACUCAGUUGUAAUCGCCAUUCUCACCGCGCUCGGUAUCUCGUUAGCGGUCUUCCUAGUCUUCCUUUUCCUCCGCCCUUUUAACUCGACUGUGUACGCGCCGAAGCUUCGCCAUUCUGACGAGAAACGAAAGCCUCCGCCGAUCGGAAAAGGCCUCUUCGCCUGGGUACCGCCUGUUUUCCACUACAAUGAAUCACAAUACGUUGACAAGAUUGGGCUCGACGCGGCCGUGUUUCUUCGUUUCGCGAGGAUGUGCCGCAACAUGUUCAUUGUUUUGUCUGUGUUCGGCUGUGCGGUCAUAAUACCAGUCAACGUCACGGCUUCAAAGAGUCUCCAAUCGAAAUUCGAAUUCAAGCGAUUGGAUCCAUUCUUCCUCAUGACGCCACAAAGUUUGUUCGGAAACAAGCUCUGGGUCAUGAUUUUUAUCGCGUACUUGUUUACGUUUGUGGUCUGCGGCUUCCUCUGGUGGACAUACCGUGCCGUCCACAGAUUAAGAAGAAAUUACCUGGAGAGCCCAGAAUACCAGAACAGUUUGCAUUCGAGGACCCUGAUGAUUACCGAUAUCAAGAGAAGUCAAAGAAGUGAUCACGGCAUCAUUGAGAUAACGGACAGCCUUCGGACGACUCCAGAGGUACCCCGCGCUUCCAUCGGCCGAAACGUCAAGGAUCUUCCCGAUCUCAUCGAGGAACACAAGGAAGCGGUCAUAGAACUGGAGGGUGUGCUUUCGAAAUAUUUGAAGAGGCCUGAUCGAUUGCCCCCGUCGCGACCCAUGUGCAAACCGUCGAAGAAGGAUCCUGAGUAUCUCGGCGUCAAGACUAAGGUCGAUGCCAUCGAUUAUCUCACUGCGAGAAUUCAGGGUCUUGAGGCCCAAAUCAAAGCAGUCCGUGAGACUGUAGAUAAGCGUGACGCUAUGCCUUACGGCUUUGCUAGCUAUGAGACGCUCGAGUCUGCCCACAGUGUUGCUUUUGCUGCAAGAGGCAAGCACCCAUUGGGAACCACAGUGCAAUUGGCGCCUCGUCCUUCGAAUAUCAUCUGGAAGAAUCUACCUUUGGAUCCCAAGACUCGACGCUGGAGGCAUAUCACGACCCAAUUUUGGAUUACCCUUUUGACUAUGCUUUACUUCAUUCCUAAUGCCAUGAUUGCCAUCUUUCUAGCUAAGCUCGACAACAUAGCCACUCUCGCACCGUCAUUCCGCGUCACCAUGCAGGAGAGUCCAAAAUUCUGGGCUUUGGUACAGGGUAUUGCUGCUCCUGCCCUCACCUCGCUGUUCUAUUACUUCCUGCCCAUCAUUUUCCGUCGACUGUCGAUCAAGUCUGGAGAUUUGACGAAGACUUCACGAGAGAGACACGUUAUUCACCAACUCUACGCCUUCUUCGUCUUUAACAAUCUGUUUGUCUUCUCCCUGCUCGGAGCGGUCUUCAGCUUCGUCAUUCAAGUCGUCGCACAAUCGAAAGAUAAAAACAAAAGCUUUUUGGUUGUUGUCAGGGAAGCAAAGCCGUUCCAGAUGAUUGUUAUGACAUUGAGCGAAUUCUCGCCCUACUGGGUGACUUGGCUCGCGCAGCGCAAUCUGGGUGCCGCUAUUGAUCUCUCGCAAGCUGUCAAUCUUGCGUGGGGCUCUUUCUCUCGUAAAUUUCUCAACCCUACGCCAAGAGAACUCAUCCAAAGGACCGCUCCUCCGCCGUUUGAUUAUGCCUCAUACUACAAUUACUUCUUGUUCUACUCCACGGUGGCUCUGUGUUUCGCCACUUUGCAGCCACUUACAUUGGUAGUUACCGCGGUCUACUUCACCAUCGACGCCUCCAUGAAGAAGUACCUUUUGCUUUAUGUAUUCGCCACUAAAAACGAAUCUGGCGGUCAAUUCUGGCGUGUUCUCUUCAAUCGUUUAUUGGUGGCAUCAUUUCUGUCCAACGUCAUCGUCGCACUGACGGUGUACGUUCGUACAGAUAAUUAUCCCUACAGAUGGCACAUGAUUGGUGCGAUGGUGCCUCUAGCCGUCAUACUCAUUGGCUUCAAACUCUACUGCAGGCAUACGUUUGAUGCCUCGAUGAGGUACUACACCAAGGGCGAAAGCCCCAAGGGAGCAGAAGCACCUGCACCCAUUGACAAAGAAGCGCGCAGGCGUGACAGAGUUGCUGUCCGCUUUGGAAAUCCGGCGCUCUACCAAAAGCUAAUUGUGCCCAUGGUCCACGAAAAGAGCAAACACCUACUGGCCGAGAUUUACAAAGGCCGGUUGGACGGCGACAUCGGAGGCUCCGGAGGAUACAGCGAUGUAUAUGCGAUGAAACGCAUGAGCAAAGACCAACCUGGCAAGGUCGCUGCUCCCACAGGACCAUUCGAGUUUGUCUCCGAGGAUAAUAUGGACUAUGAGAACUUCAAGAACCGACCAGAAUUUGCCGAGCACGGUGGCGACGCCGCGAGCAUUUCAAGACCCGACACACCAGCGUCGAUGUUCGGACAGGACCGCGGUCGAUCACAGUCGAGAGAUUCAGAGCGCGCACUUAUGGGUGGUGAAGAAACUGGUGUCACGUAUCCAGCAGGGUACCACUCGACGCCAAGUGCAUUGAGGGAAUACAGCCCAAGUCCGGACCGCGGCACGAGGACCAUGGACAGCACUUCAAGCCAACCAUAUCAGAUCCGCGACGACAGAAGAUUACUGGGCGGGGCAGCGCCGAUGGGCUCACACAGCCCUGCUACAUAUACCCCCUACAGCCCCGAACAACAAGACGGAAGGACAGACUACUUUAGGAGAUGA